AUGACUUCCCAAAGGCAAAGAACCACCAAACGUGCCAUUGACGAUCGAUAUAGUGCAACCAACACUACUAUCUCCACCUCUGUUAAUAAACGGCUUAGGGAGGCGAUGAGUGUUUCAAGUGUCGCUAGCAGUGUGAGGUCGGGAUCACCUACAGAGCUGGAUACUCACCAAGAUUCCUUUCAUGGCCCCUCGGGCUAUCGAGAUGGCCCAUUGAGCUCGCCCGGGGGCCAAAUAUUGGUAAACGGCGUUUUAGAAUGCCCACAGCCGUGGAUUGACUUCGACGAUCACCCAGUGGCGGAGGAGGACGAGGUAGAUGUCUAUGAGGAUGAUUAUGACGACUAUGAAGAGCCUGGGGACGAAAAUACCCCACCCGUGAUGCCCUUAUCUGAACGAAGGGUGUCUCCACCACCUCCGCCAACACGAGCACGGCCUACACGGGCACCACCACCACGGGCACCACCACCACGGGCACCACCACUACGGGCACCGCCAGUACCCAGCCAGGGAAUUCGUGCUGGUAAGAGGCCAAGGGAGGCUCCCGUAGCCUCCGCCAGGGCUGUUGCAGCCUCUAGGAGAAGAAUUAGUGGCACAGCAGCCGAAGCAAUUGUUUCAUCUGCCGUGGGAGUUAAUACAUAUGGAAGCCGUACGACGGUUACUUCAAAAAGGUCGGGGACUCCCUCCCGAGCCAUGAGCAGGGCUUCCCUAGCUUCCAAGCCCGCGUCUACAUCACCAAGAACCUCAUUUCGCUCGUCUAGUACAUUGCGAAAUGAACAUCACAUUGAACGUACACCUCCGCCUUCUCAGCCCUAUCGUGCAACCCCACCCACGCAAGCAUGUGCCACACCAGCGCCAGAGUCAGUUUACGGCUCUGACAGGGGGGACGUGCCAGCGGAGGCAAAGCCGAUUAUCAGGUAUGCUAAGGACCUUCUCUCGCGGCAUACAUUGCUUGAGGAGCCUUGGCCAAUGCCUGAAUCUCUUACCGUUAACGUCCGGCGAUUUUGGUCGGAGGCUAACGUUCAUUUUAAUACAAACAUAACCCUAAUCAAUAGCGCGAAGAGUGAGGUUCAAAUCGCAAGUUCACGAGUGAGAUCGCACCUUGUGUUUGCAAUCAAAGACUUUGCCGCAAAAGGCUUCUUAUACGGCUUGAAGGACCUAACAACCCCAGAGACGAGGGCUGACAAAGUUAACUAUCUACUCGAGAAUGAUCGUUUCAUUAGUGACUCCGACAACUAUGCCGUAAGAGCUCCUUUUAACGUGCUAUGGGGCUUUAUAGGCCAUUUCAAAGGCUCAACCAGCCUAUGUAAAGGUCUUACAGCUAUUAGACAGGUCGUCGACACUUUUGUAACGUACCCCAGAAUGUUCAACACGUGGAGAAGAACCACGGAGGAAAAGCAGCUGGGGACUCUGGAGGUAAUAAGAGAGUCUAUUCAAGAUAAGAUUGAGGAGUUGCGAGGCCCUCGAGAGAUGAUAUCUAAGGUUGGAAGGGAAGAGGACGAUGUGCAGUUGGCAGUAGACAUCGCGGCGUGGAGGGCCACGAAACCGCGCCGGAAGGCUCAGCGGGACCGGGCUAUAUUAUUGGGGACUGAUGAUGCCUCAGAAAACCCGGUGGUGACGGGGAGGGAUUUGGGCGCGGCCAAGGCUCAAGAAGCCUCGACAAAUGCCUCUGGCGACGCGUUGCCAGGGGAUAAAUGA